GCAAGUGACAGAAUACAUAACGAGUGCUUGAGUUUUGUACCUAUAAAGACGAGGCAGCUUUACGCAGCGCUGCCUCACGAUUGGGCUUUGGUUUCGUCCACCAUGACGUCCCUCGUCCUACGGCGCGAUCUUUCGCUGGAGGUGCCAAAGCUGCUCGUGGGCGCUGUGCAGCCCUAUCAAACCCUCGCGGGGCCGGCCCUCACGACGUCGUUUCUGCAUCAGCCCGAACUCCUGCCGUUCCAGUCCGCGCCCUUCUUCCACGCGGCUGUUGCGCCUUUGUACUUUCACACGCUGCUGCACACGCUGGCCGAGUUCGCCGAGACGCCACGCGCGGUGCACCAGAGCCACGUGAAGCUGCGACACGCACCCAAGCCAGACUUCUGGGACUCCGUCGGUACCUUGAACUGCUUCUACUACUCCGCUCAGGACACCGCAUGCAACACCUGCCCACAGCAAGGAAGGACGGGGGCUGAUCUCGCAGCGCAGCAUCCUGCGAUGGGCGCCGUGGAGCUGGUGCGGCCCUCUCACCGGAAAGAAAGCGAUGUGAAGCUGACCCUCUUCAACGGCGACCAUCAGCCCAUCGCGUCGAUGCUGAUGACGGGACCGAAGGAGGGUCCCCGUGCUGACGCAGACGACAACAGCACCGGCGCAUCUUCUUCUCCCAGUUCCUCUUCCUCUUUCUCCCAAUCCUCACCGCAGCGGCGGACACCGCUGCCUUACGAGGCACCCCCUACAAACCCGUCCGAUUACGCAUCUUUGCCGCACACUGCAAGCGAUCUGGGCUCGUCUGCGGUCUCGACGGUCGUGAUCGGAGGAGCGCAGGUGCACGGCGGCCUCUACGGCGCGGUCGUGUCGAUGGGUGACGGCCAAGGCUACGCGCACCGCGCCUACUACGGGAUCGACGACAUCGAGGAGGCAUCCACAGCACCGGCGAAAGAGGCGAGUGGAGAAAGAGAAGGAAGCGAAGAAACUGCUGGGUUGGGGCACACGGUCAUGCCACCGUGGGUGCUGUACGACUGCGUGCAGCGCUUCUUCUCUCGCCUGCACCGCGGCCGUUGCUUCGGGAACGAUGCAGCCAUCGCGCCUGCAGAGGGGUGGCGUCUCUCGUCGCAUCACGUCGUGCAGACGGAGGAUGCGGUGUUCGGCGUGCCGCUGGAGAUGAUCUGUCGCCGCCCCCCGCGUGUAUCCGCACUACCGCCUGCCUCCGUGGCGCUCGCAGCUGGGCCUACCGGUGAUCCGCGGCGGCGACGUGCCCUGCGUGUCGCUGCGCUGUGA